AGAUUCAUCUGAGUGGAAUUCUUGUUCAUUUUCACACCAUGGUGAUCAAAUGACACUCACUUUAAAUGAUAAAUACGUUGCGAUCGCAUUCACGCUGUGUAACUUGGGUGUAUCGUGCGGACCUGCUUUUUUAUCCGUUGAGUUGAAUGUCGCCACGGACGCUUCCAUUAGUGGCGAAUGAGAGCGUUCACCCGCGGAGAUACGCAGUGUAACUUUUCUACGGACGCUCAGUGAACGGCUACAUGAUGUACGCUAAAGGGAAAGGUUCAUCGGUGCCGUCUGACGCUCAAGCUCGAGAAAAGUUGGCCUUGUACGUCUAUGAGUAUCUACUUCAUGCUGGGGCUCAAAAAGCCGCACAGACAUUUCUCGCCGAGAUACGAUGGGAUAAGAAUAUCUCGCUCGGUGAACCUCCGGGAUUUUUACAAACCUGGUGGUGUGUGUUCUGGGAUCUCUAUUGCGCUGCCCCUGAACGGAGAGACACGUGCGAGCAUUCCAGUGAAGCCAAAGCGUUUCAUGAUUACGGCUUCGUGAACUCCGGUUAUGGAGUCAAUGGGAUCGCUCAUAAUACCGGUCCUGCGCCUAGUCCUCUGGGACAAAUGCCUCCUGGUGAUGGAAUGCCACCCGGCGGUCCGAUGCCGCCAAGUGGCUUCUUCCCUGCACCUUUUAUGUCCCCACGAUAUCCCACCGGUCCACGUCCUGGAAUCCGUAUGCCGCAGAUGGGAGAAUUCAAUGGGCCUCCUGGACCUGGUCCGCAGAUGAUGCAAAAUAACAUGGAUCCCAAUCGACCAGGUCCCCCAGGGAUGGGUCCAAUGACGCCGCGAAUGAACGCGCCUCGUCCAGGAAUGGGACCGGGAGGGCCACCGAUGGGUCCUGGAGGACCUCCAGGGCCUUACGGAGGACCUGGAAUGGGUCCUCGACCAGGUCCACCCCCCAACGCAACAAUAGGUGGACCAAACACCGGACCAGGACCUGGUCCAGGUCCUGGUCCCGGACCUGGCAUGCCACCGAUGUCCAUGGCUGGACCCCCACCUGGCCCUCGGCCUCAAUGGGUACCGACUCCCCCGGGUCCUCCAGGAUCAGGCGGUCCGCCCGGCACUCCCAUAAUGCAAAGUCCUCAAGAUUCAUCGAACUCAGGCGGCGACGGGAUGUAUCAAAUGAUGAAACCAGUCCCAAACUCAAACAUGCCUGGGGAUCAGAACGAAUCAGCGGCCAUUUUAAAAAUCAAGGAAACUAUGCAGGAAGAAGCAAAACGGUUCGAGAAGGAAUCCGAGCCGCCUGAUUACUACAUGCAAUAAUGGAACACUUGGAGUUAUUGACGGAAGUGUUGAUUUCGUUUCUUUUCAUAUCAGUUUCCGUCAUCACACUCCGAUGAUUUCGGAUUGAGAUGCACUUGGACUCUCGAUUUUUUUUUAGCGUUGACUUGAAUACCAAAGCGUUCUGUUUGCAAGCGCCCUGGUUUUUUUUUUUUGUGAAGAGGUUUGAGUGUUCCGUUUUUUCCCCCUGUUGCUCGUUUUUUUGUGCUUUUAUUUGGAACGCGUGAGCUUCUAUUUUUAUACGAGCUUCGUUCAUCUGUCUCCCGCGUUUUCAUCGCCAGCGUCUUUGAGUGCAUUCCAUUUUUUGGCGAAUAGCGCUGGCGACAAAAUUUUCAUUCGCCUGAAACGAGGGUUUUUUCCUCGUUUUGCAAUCAGCUUUUUUGCUCUUCGACAUGGAGAGAAAACUCUCCUGAUAAUGAAUGAAAUGUUUUUGUUUAAAUGUGUGUGUGCGAUGAUGAUGAUGCGCGUUUCUCUUCUGUUGCGAUCCUUGGCUUGUCCACAUUUUUGUCGAGCUGAUCAAAACUCAUCUCUUGAUGUUGAUUUUUGGAUGCUAAAGAGUAAGGCUUUACGUGUUUUUUGUUUGUUUGUUUUUGGUUUGGCUCGUCCAAGCAUUUAAUUGCAAAGAAAAAGUGUCGCUGAUGUUCAUGGAGGCGCGAUUUUCAUCUUGACCUCUGGGCAAAAGAUCUUUUUGGUCACAAGGGUGAAAAUCCUGGUGUGGAGUUGAAUUUUCGGAAGCUGGUUUGCCAAGUGGUAGGAACAAGUACUGUUGUUAGUUGAAAAGUACUUAGAUAGACAAUGAAAUCAGCGGCAAUUAAUUGCUUGGAAGAGAAACGAUGAUGUCCAUCUGUGCAAAAACUGAGCUGAAAAUUGGUGAUUGACUCGACACGAGUGAAUACCUUUGUGCAGUGUUGAAGUAUUUUGGUUUUGUUCUGUUCUGGAUUUUACUCCCGCUCAUAAUUUAUUCGAACUUGGCCCCGGUAUUGAUGAAAUUCUGGAAUCUCUGUUUUUGUCUUGGAUGAUAAGAACUGUUGGAAGGAAGAAUUUGUUUAGUACAAAUACCCAGCAAACUUUCCAUAGGCUGAUGAGCAAAAACAGAAGCUUGUCCCUUUUUAUUUCCUAGCUUCUGAGCAGGUUCUCUGAUGACGUUUUGUGGAAUGAUCGCGGAAAGCCAAAAUGGAUCUCUUGAAAGCGUUUUUUUUUUUUUUAAUUCGUAUUAAAGAUUUGAACCUGCUUUGAGAAAGACGACCCCAUGUUUCUGGAUGGGGAAUUAAGGUUCAGUGCAAGGAUUUUAUCAUCGAAUGCCCUCCUAUUAGAGAUGAGUGUAUCAUAUGUGUUUAAGCAUCCGAGAAGACAAACUUCGUGACGCCAAGAGGGGAGAGAAGUUGUUUUAUGGGCAAGUGAUGUGACUGUUGGGUGUCUCAAUUCUGUUCAGAGAAAAGAAGUUUUUUUGGACUUCGA